AUGGAUCCAGGCCUAAAUCAACUUCUUAAAUGGAGCGUGGAAAAUACCACCGCAAACCCCAACGCCGACUCCACGCCUCCCACCCGCGAUCUCAAUCCCGAUGCCAUAAACUCGCUCUUCGGCGGUCCCAGCGACGCCGACCUGAUGCGCGCCUCCAUGUCCGCCAUAACAUCCACGUCGUCGGAACUUUCCCUCGACGACAAGAUCAUCGCCUUCGACAACUUUGAGCAACUCAUCGAAAACCUGGACAAUGCUAAUAACCUGGAGCCAUUGGCGCUGUGGACGCCGUUGCUGGACUGUCUAAGACACGAGGAGAAAGAGCUGCGCCGGAUGGCGGCGUGGUGUGUCGGCACGGCGGUGCAGAAUAACGUUACCAGCCAAGAGAGAUUGCUUGCUAUGGGGGGAGUGGAGAAGUUGCUCCAUGUGGUGCUGGGUGAUAACGAUACGACGGCGGAUGAGGUGAAUAAGGAAGAUGUUAGCGUGAGGAGGAAAGCUAUUUAUGCGUUGAGUUCGGCCGUUAGGAAUUAUCAGCCUGCGAUGGAUGUUCUAACUGGCGAGCUGGAGAAGAGGAAUUGGGAUGGUAUGGCGGAGAAGCCGGAUGCCGCGGAUAUGGACGCCGUGGACGAUAUUAUUGGGAAAUUGAGGGAUGGGGUUGGGAAGGAUAUAGCAUCAUAG